UUUCUCAGGAGCAGCCAAAAACCACCCAGUCUCGGAGGGCCUGAACCCGACGCGGGAUGCAGAGCUUCCUGAAGCUGCUGAGGGAGAGCGGGGGCACUGGGCCACCGUUGGCAGAUCUGGUGACUCUUGCAGGCAGGCUGUGCCAGGACCUCCAGGAUGACCCAGCCCAGGUGCAGCCCUUGGUCACCGCCGUGUUGGACAGCCCGCUCCGCCUGCACCUCCUGGACAACGCGGACGUGGCCCUUGUGUGUGCCCGGGUGCUGGCCCAGCAGGAGCAGCAUCAGGCUGCCUGCCGGGUCCUGGAGGGUUGCCAGGUGCCUGGAGGCAGCCAGGAGCUGGUACAGCUCUGGAACGACAUUCACUACCGCCUGGUCAUGAAGCGGCUGGGCGUGGCCAUGCUAACCCCAGUGCAGAAGUUCCGCUGCAGGAAGAGGAACCCACCACCCCCCUCCCUCUGCCCGGACGGCCUGAAGAGCCGGAACUUUCCCAGAGAGGUUCGCCAGAAGCUGCACGACUUUGCCUCUGGCGUGAGCACCAACCCCAGCAAGGCCGAGAGGGAGAACCUGGCCCUGGAGACGAGCCUGACUGUUGAGCAAGUGUACAACUGGUUCGCCAAUUACCGGCGGCGCCAAAGGGCCCUUCUCCAGCGCCUGCAGCCAGCCGCGGAGGACGCAGUAGAGGAGCCCAGUGUGAGGGAGAGGGCUCCGGACCGCCCGCAGCCCUCAGGCCAGCCCCGCCUUGGCCCUGGGGGUGUGGACAGGCCUCAGUGGCCAGCAGGACAGGAGGAAAAUGGGCCUGCACAGUCCAGGGAGACCACUCAAGGGCCAUGGGAGUCGCUGGCCCUGGCCCCAGACUUUUCUGGAGAUGAGACUCUGCCGAAGCCACUGCCUCCCAGGUCUCUGCAGGGCGGUGAGAUGUACCAGGAGGGGCCUGGCCACAGUCCUGCCACUCUCCCCCACAUCUGCCCAGGCCCUGGCCUCUGCCCUCUGACUGCUGGCAGUGACAUGCUGGACCCUUCUUUGGCUGCCCCUGAGUCAUGGCUGAUGUCCCUUGCACUGGCGUCCUCCAAGGAAGUUUCCUUCCAGACUGGGCUGGACCUCAUGAUGCGCCCCGCAGAUGCCACUGUGGCUGUGUCCAUCACUGCCCUCGGUGAGACCAGCGCCACAGGAUUCGCUGACCCACCUGUUGGCAACCCCCCGAGCAUGUACCUGGAGGAAGGUCCAGGCACCAGCGUUGGCCAGGCAGAACAACAGGCGGGCGGCUUCCUGGUGACACAGCCUCCCGAAUUCCUCCUAACCCAGAGUCCCCUGGAGUUGGCACCGGGCCCCUCCUUCUCCAGCCCUGUUUCUGCUGUGGACCUGAGCCAGCCGUUGCCCUCCAACCAGGUGCAGUGGCCCGAUGGCCAGGCCUCCAGCGACGCCUUCUGGGGAGCCAGGAUGCUUCUUGAGCUUUCAGGGGGCAGCCUGGGUUGAGAUGUCCCUUUGGGGUAUCCAGCCAGUGCUCCCAGGGGAGCAGGUGUGGACAUCUAGCCUUUCAACACAUGUUAUGUAGAGCUUUAUUCCAAGUGAAGAGAGGACCCCAGAGUUCCUUGGGGCGUUCCAGUGGGAAGCAUUGAGGUUGCGUAGCCCCCUGCCAUGUUUGAAUAAUUUGGUUGGCAACUUAGUGUAUCAGAGGAAGCAUUUGAGAAGCUCUUGAGCUCAGAAGUCCAAGGGGUCAGUUUCACUCAGGCAGCGGGGGAGUGUGGAGUCAAGCUCCUGGGCAGGUUCUGGGCAGAGAACGCCUUUCUGGAGAUAGAGGAGAAUGUUGCACUGCUGUCUGCCCUCGCCGCUCUGUGACAGUUAAGUUGGCGAGUGGGGCAUGGGCAGUGUUCUGACAUUUCUAUGUCUUGGGGGUGGGGGCUUCUACAGAAGCUAAUAUGGUUGGGAUGGCUCAGGCAGGGUGGGGCAGGGUGCAU